UUUUUUUAUUCUGGUUCUUGUUUGAACUUCUGUGGCGCCGUUGUGUGCGUUUUGAUUUCGCAUGCGAGUGGUGUCCGUCGAGUUGUAGCGGUCGUGCGUGCGCGGUGCGACAAACGCCGAUGGCUUAGCGAGCGGAGAUAUUCAACUGCUGUUUAACGCCUGUCUCAAACGACGAGCCGCUUCGCCCGAGCACCAUGUCGCGCAUCCCGAAGCCGCAGCAGCUGAGAACCCAGCAACGCAGAUCCAACCCGCAAGCAUGCUUCGAUCUCCUAAAGAAAGAGCCCGCACUCAGCUUGGAUUUGAUAAAGCUGGCGCGCAAGAGCGGCCAGCUCAACUUGACUGGGAGAGGCAUGAUUGACGUUCCAGACCAGGUAUGGAACAUAAACAACUUGACGGAGGAAGAGAGGCGAGGACUUACACUUUCCCUUGACCAGUGUGAUGGUGACCGAUGGUGGGACCAGGCUGAUCUGACAAAGCUGUAUUUAUCGGCUAAUAAUUUGUCUAGCCUCUCGGCUGACAUUGAGAAGCUUCAAGCCCUCACCAUUCUUGAGCUGAAUGACAAUGCUCUUACUUCACUGCCAGACACCAUUGGGAGCCUCCGGCAACUCGCAAAGCUGAACAUUAGUCGCAACAAGCUUCAGCAGCUGCCAGAUUCCUUCUAUCAGCUGAAGGAGCUAAGGCAACUGAUUGCCCAUCAUAAUGACGCAGAGCUGAGUGAUGACGUCGGCAACCUCUCUCUUCUGGAGCUGGUGGACCUGAGCCAUAACAAGCUGACCUCAUUACCAGCCAUGAUAGGGUUCUUGUCUCGGGCAACCAACGUUAAUCUCUCGUACAACUGUCUUGCUGAGCUUCCUCCUGAAGUUGGCAGCAUGAAUGCUUUGCAAAUCCUGGAUGUGUCGUGCAACCGACUAAGGAGCUUACCAGAACCCAUCGGUUCACUUUGCCAUUUGGAGCAGCUGUUUGCACAACAGAAUGACCUCACAGCACUGCCACCUUUUUCAGGUUGUGCACGGCUCAAAGAGCUUCACGUUGGUAACAAUGCCAUUGAGGAAUUUCCCAUUGAGCUGAUAGAGACGCUCCUGGGUCUCAAGACGCUGGACCUGAAGUCCAACAAGCUCUCGACCCUAUCACCAGACAUCACCAUGAUCCAGGGCCUGGAGCGGCUCGACCUGUCCAACAACAAUCUCGCCUCAUUACCCUACGAACUGGGAACCCUGGUGCACCUCAAGGGUCUCGGUGUAGAGGGGAAUCCCCUCAGGGCCAUCCGCAGGGAUAUCGUCAAGAGGGGUACAGUGCACCUGCUGAAGUGGCUGCAAGAUCGGCUGGGCGAAUCACCAGAGGGUGCUGCCCACAAACGGCUGUCCGGAGGAGCGGGCCUCAACGAUGGCUCUGAUCUGAUCGAGUCCAUUGAGAAGUUUGCCCUCAAGACGACCCAUGCACUGGAACUAAGCAAGCGAUCUCUGCAUGAUGUCCCCGAGGAGAUUUUCAAGAUGGCGGCUGAGUGCGAUGCCAACACGAUCGACCUCAGCAAGAACGUCCUUGAAUCUGUUCCAAAAGGGCUUGAAGCUGCCUGCCCUGUCAUGACAGAGCUGAACCUGAGCUUUAACAAGAUAACAGCACUGCCGGGUUUUUUGUGCCUUGCCACGCGACUUACAUUCCUGGAUUUGAGGAACAACCAGCUGAGUGACCUACCUGGGGAGAUGUCAGUGCUCUCCAAUCUAAGGGAGGUCAAUCUGUCAUUUAACAGGUUCUCACGCCUUCCCGAAGUUUUGACCAGCUGGGAGUCAUUGGAGAUAUUGUUUGCAUCGGACAACAAGAUUGAGGAGCUGGACAUGACGCAGCUGCAGAAGUUGAAGCAGAUUGCCGUGCUUGAUCUCAGAAACAACAGCAUCCUGCAGGUUCCACCCGAGCUAGGCAACAUGCGGCAGCUUCGAAAUCUACAGCUGGAAGGGAACCCAUUCCGCAAUCCACGGCCCGCCAUUCUUUCCAAGGGCACCCCAGCACUGCUGGAAUUCCUCAGAGAUCGUAUCCCUCGGCUUUCUUGCUGAUGGGACCCUCGUGAUUGACAGCCUGUCAUGUAUCCUUAUGGCGUUAUAAAAUUGGGUUUUUUCUUCUGCGCACAUACAUGCAGAGAUUUGCUUUAGGUUUUUUGCCUGAUCAAUUUUUUAUAGGUUAGCCUCGUUGAUUGUACCCUGAGUAAAGCAAGAGUUGUUAUUGUGUGUGUGGUGAACCAGUAUUGUUAUUGAAGUGUAUACAGAUGGACUUGUUGGUACAUCCGUAAGUAGUCGUACGUUGAGUUCCUGUUGCUGUGUACCAAAAGAACAGAUCUACGUGUUAGUCCCAUGUUGAGGCAUACUUGCCCUGUUGUCUGUGUCAGAUUUGGAGCAGAAUAGAAAUAUGUGUAAGGUGUGCUUGUUAGUAAGCUCUUGGUGCUUCACAAGUGAAGCAGGGUUCUGGACUGUGAAGGUGUAGUAGAGACAUCUAGGCUGAGCAGUGGUUCGAGCUUGCUGGUUACUGGACGUAAAUAAGUAGCACUGCUUGGUGAAAAGGGCUGAACAUUGGAAUUCAGAAAGAGUUAUGUGCUAAUUUUUCCCCGCUCCUUCUUUUUCUCCACCAUGCACUGCAACAUAAGUGUGUGUGCAUUGUUUUGGACAUGUUGCAGGCGGUUGAGUGCCGUAUUUUUGCGCAUACAACCCACGCCCCGAAAAUUAAAAUUCAACUGUAGAGUUGGAGUGUGGAGCGAUACCAAAGGUUUACUUUUGGUUUUGCUUUAUGGCAGUUCAUUAUGUGCUGCUGUCAAGUGGCAUGUGAAGGCAAAACUAUGUAAAUGCGCUUGGCAUUGCUGUGAAGCCGUGCUGUACUUUGUCAGAUAGUGGCUGUGAAAGCACAGAUGACUGCUGUUUCUGAUGCUAUGUGCCAACAGUUGUGCUGGGUCACCACUGUAAAAACUUUAAUAUUGUUAUAUGUGGGUGUUUGAGUAGGUUAUACCCGCAAAUAAUGGCUUAUAACAAUGUUUGUUUCCUGUCCUCCACAUUGUAGUGGGAGCGCAUGUGUGUGGGGCGGUUUUAUGUGUGAAAAAAUACGGUAAACCUUGUUCGAGGAAAUACGGAAGGUGCAGUUGAGUAUCACUGCUUGUUGCUGGGCUAAUUGGUUCAUGCUUAUUACGGGGCAUAUGGAAGCAAAAUAAAGUGAAGUAAGACCAGGACAGGAAAAAUGGUCUUACUUCACUUUAUUUCAAGUCCCAUUACACCUUAUGGCAUGCAAAGAUUUGUGCAAGCUGGUAGCAUGUAUUCGGAAACAAGACACUGUUGUGUUUGCCUUUGCAAGCACAACAACGAAUGAACUUGUUACCUCCAUUGACUUACCUAACCUCUAUAACAGUCAAAUUGAGUGCAGAGUAAGGAGCCUGAUAAAUUACUCUUUCAGAGUUCUCUCUACAUUCAAUCAGUAAAAAAAGAUAGUACGCUUAGUAACAAACUUCGCAACAAACGGUUCACUAGUGUCAACCAGAUGUCGCCACAUUCUAUAAUCUCACAUGGAGCUAGAGCUAGAAUCCUCAGGUGGUGCCUAAUUUUCAUAUACAUACCAUUUACUGGCCACACAAAAAAUUGGUCUAUGUUCUAUAUGACAAAUAUCUACUGACAUGGCUUAAUUGAAAAUUCUGCUGUUGUGUCCCUUAAAGCAUCAGUUAGCUAGCACUUACUUAGAGUCAUUCUGAACUUAUCUAGUUGUCUGUUUUUGGAUGAAAGUGGGAACAUUGUUACUUUAGAUUUCUUUCCCGAACCUCUUUAAAGUUACACAACCAUCUUCUACCUUGCCAUGAAAGUAUGUUACAGGCCAGAAAAAAUGGCUGUCCUGGUUGCUUAUUGGUUCAUUCGGGCUGAGAAUUUACAUAGAAAGGGCAUUUUGCAGUGUAUCUGGUUAAAUGCACGCACUGAUUCAGUGCUUGCCAUUUUUCAUCUUGAAUAAAUUGUAUGUAUGUGUUAUCUAUGAGGAUUUUCUCAGCAACAGUAUGGUGAGGCCAUGUGUUGUUACACAAGGAUACAAUGCACAAUGCAUGGACCACUGUACAUGGCGAGAACAUUAGAUUUGGUGUGCACAGAACAGGAAUGCACUGCAUUUAGACAUGGUAUAAAACAAAAUGCACAAUGAGUUGCCACCUCUGUGCGAUAUUCGAGUGCGAACUAACCAGCAGUUUAGCUGGAAAACCCACUUAAGCCUUGAUCCCUUAUUUAGGCAGCAUUAGGUGGCAUUUGCGAAACCAUAGCUUCUUGUGUCUUAAAAUGCCUGUUUGGAUUGCACGGGAGCCUGUCGUCCAUUGCUGCAGCACCACAUUCUCAGGCAUUUUAUACCUGUUGCUGGGCAUGGACGAUUCUUGGAAGACACUGCUGCCACUCCAUGCCCACUCCUUUGCAUCAGCGUGUGUGCCACAAAAUGCUUCAUUUCGUUGCAUUUAUUUUCUAUUUUGUUGCACUUACUCAACCGAAUUUUUUUGUUCUGUCUUUUUGGGUGUAUAUUUGGCGGCGUAAAUCCGCGACUUACAUUUCACACCUGUUGUUCUUAUCUCUUGCUUAUAUAGUUUGCCCUGUUGGCAGCUGCCUGUUAUGGAUGUUUCUGAUAGCGCAGCUCUUUAAUCAAUGUGUGAUAUAUGUUGUCUUGCAAAAGUGAAGAUGUUUUGAUGCCUGUGUAUUAAUAUUGUGUUUUCCUUAUUGUGCAAUGGUUUUGAUGUUGCAUGGUGCAUUUUGGUUUGCGGGCAUAUUUUACAAUGUUGUUUGUCAGGCUCACUGUGGCUUUUUUGCCAAAUGUUUUCUUCUUUUUCUUUGGUCAACUUUUGAAAUGUACAAGGCAUUUAUGAGGAUUUUGAGUAUGUCUUAUCUAUAGGGGUAAUUACUGUUUUAUCUUGAAACCUUCCUCAACAUCCUUGCCUUGACCUUUUUUUUUUUUCUUGUAUAAGUUUGACUUGCAUAAAUGAUAAGUGCAUUGCUUGUGCAGCAUGAUAGCUCCUCCAUUUCAAAAGGAGCAAUAUUUUGCAGGCAAGUUUGUGAGCUUUGUCUUUUUAUAUCCUUGUUAUUUUGAUGAAUGAAACUUACCUACUUUCAUUAUUGAAGUUAAUAGGCACUGUAACAUCUAAUUGUUUGCAUGAUAAGUCCAAGACGAUUUUCUGCUAUUUCAUAAUUUGUGUAAUGCUUUUGCUAAGCAUGAGCGUAUCGAAUUAUGGACAGUAGAAUUAAAGGAACACCAAAGGAAACAAUUAAUUUGACUUAUUUGUAUAGAUUAUUCGUCUAGGAAGUGUAUCUUCGUUUUCUAUCCAUCUAGCAUCAUUUGCAGGUGGCGGCAUUUUGAUUUUCCAUUUCAGUCAUUUUCUCCGCCUUACAAAAGCUCUGUUCUCUGCGAGUAACGAAUUGUUAUCACCGAAGACUAAUUUUUCAAUCUAGCUUGACUUUAUAGUUACCUUUAGUGUCCUUUUAAGAAGGUUCAGCUUGUGUUAUGCUGUCUGCAGUGCACUCAGGCUGUGUUUUGUAUUUUUGCGUGACCUUCUUAGACUUUAAAAGCCAUUGUGAUAGUACAUAUCUUGCCAAAUCUGUUAUAUGGAACCUGUCUGGGCAUGUUGAUUUUUCCAGAAGUUCUUGCACCCCACUGUGCUUGUUGAGGGGAUCAGCAUUGAGCAAUUUCGCACGAGUCAUCUGGCACCCACUGUAAAUAUCCAAGAUUGCCGUGUAAUGAAACUCGUUGCAACAGGACAUGCGGCUUAAUUGGACGUCUGCUUUUUCCUGCAUGCCAUCUUCAGCACACAGCAAUGUGUUUACACAAGACAGCAGCACACCAACACUGCCUGUUGUACUUUUAACUGUCAUCUGUAUAAAUAAAUUAUUUAAGCUGA